AUGUCCAAGUCCAUCGUCAACACCAAACCCUACCCUUUCCACUUCGAUGCAAUCGAGUAUCCCGCCAUUAAGCCCAAUGGAACGGGAGUGACGAUUGAAUACACCAACUGUCGGGGGGCAAGACCCUCACUGCAAGCUUCCAAGAUCAGAGCCAUGGUGCAAGAGGCGCACGGGGACCCCUCCAAAAUUCUCGCCACUGUCUGCAGCUAUGAUGCCUUGAGUUCUCGUUUAUGCGAGGAGGCUGGGUUUCCUCUUGUCUUUCUGGCUGGGUAUCCUAUGGCGUCUGCGUUUGGACUCCCUGAUACAUGCUAUAUUGCUUUUGGAGAGGUUGUCAACAAGAUCCAGGAGGUAGCCAGGGAGAUUCGCACAAGCUGGAGCUGCUGGGAUCAUGCUCGAGGACCAAUCGUGGCCAAAGCGUACGUCAAGACACCCUCGCAGCAAGAGCAUUGUACUAACCUCAAGCGGACAGGCUGUGUCCACACUGCUGGAAAAAGUGUGGUGUCCCGAAGUGAAGCCUAUGCCCGCUGGCAAGCCGCUGUCGACGCGAGAAACAAAGGUUUGGACAUCUGGAUCCUCGCCCGUACGGACAGUCUGAUUCAUGGAUACGACGAGGCACUUACCAAGGCACGCAAGGCCAUCGAGAUUGGUGUUGGUGCCGUAUUUGUGGAAGCACUCCCUGAUCGCGAGUCCAUGGAACGUCUUCGUAAGGACCUCAACUUCCCAGUGGUUGCCAACAUCAUUGAGGGUGGCAAGACACAGAACCUCUCCGGCAAGGACCUCGCCGAACUUGGCUAUAGCGUUGUCUGCUAUCCUUGGACUCUUGUUGCUGCUAAGCUGAAGAGUAUAAUAGAGACACUGGAGAACAUCAAGGGUUCUAUGACGGUUGGGAAGCCUCCUGUUGUUCUGUCGUAUGACGAGGUUUGUGAGGGUGUCGGAUUCAAUAAGUACUUCGAGAUCGAGGAGAGUAUCAAUAUGAAGGACGGGCUAAUGGAGCCAGCGGACACCAGUGGAAGGAUUAGAUAG